UACAUCAGAUUUGGCAUUAACGAUAAAUGUUCAGGAAAAGGUUUUGAUGGAAAAAACUUUAUAUCCUAUAUUAUUGUGUUCAGCUGCUGGAACAGAUGAUCUUGAUGGAAUGUUGUUAUUAUGGGAAAGUUAUGAAGGUUUAUUACUUAAUUGUGUAGAUUAUGAUGGAAGAACCCCUUUACAUAUUGCAUGUUCAUGCGGUCACCAACGUAUUGUAGACUUUUUGCUACAUCAUGGUGCCUCAGUUCAUAUGAGAGAUAGAUUUGGCCAUACACCUCUAUUUGAAGCAGCAAGAAACAAAAAUAAGCAUAUAAUCAAAUUAUUACGUGAAGCUGGUGCGCAUUUUAAUGAUGCUGAGAUUGAUGAUGUGAUGUUUCAAGCACUAUCUGCUGCAUCAAAAAAUGACGUUGAAUUAUUAAGACAUUUUGUGGAUUCUGGAAUGGAAAUUAACAGAACGGGAUUUGAUCGUCGUACAGCAUUACAUCAUGCAGUAGCAGAAGGGAGUUUGGACACUGUUCAAUAUCUUUUACUAUUGCCCGAGUUAAACAUAGAAACAAAAGAUCGGUGGGGAAGAAAACCUAUUGAUGACGCUGAGAUGAACCUUGGACGUAUGUGGGGAAGAGAUUGUGAUAGAGAGAAACAAUUUCGUGAGAUUGUUAGAUUAUUAAGAGAGAAAUCGGUUCAAAAUGUCUUCAUCGAUAAUGGUAUAAUAAUUUUGGUGAAUGGUGAUGGAAAAUCAAAUAUAAACAAUAAUAAUAUUGAUGCUGGUUAA